AUGGCCACGGUAGCACCGGCACAGCAGCUCAGCGAUGCCAUCCUCGACUUCUCACUCUGCAGCAAGUUUCCCGAGGACAUUGCCGAGCUGCCACCCGUGUCCGACACCGACCUCCAACCAGCCAUCGAUGGACUCUCCCGGACGAAGCACGAGCUCGAGUCGCAGCUCCAUCGGAUCAAUGAGGAAACGCGAGAUGACGUGAGCUCCUGGGUCAAGAAUGCCAAGACGCUCCAGGAGGAUAUCAUUCGGUCAAAAACCAUAGCCAACGAGAUUGUACGACAGUCGGAAGCCCCCGACAUCUCGGGCGAAGCCAUCCAGGAUGCCGAAGCGACGGCCGAGUUUCUCAACCGCGAAGUGCAGUAUACCCGGCAGCUGUCCGACAUCCUGCGCAGGAUAUGCACCGCGAACCAGCUGCUGAGCAAGGUCGAAAUCGCUCGGAACGAGCGCCGCAUCCUUGACUCGCUGCGCCUCCUCGAGCAAUCGUGGGCUGCUCUCGACGAGGUGGGCGUGAGCAAGACUUGCAGGGUCAUGAGAAUCUUGGACUUGAGGUCCUUUGAGCUCAAGUCGGAUGUGCACGACAUCGUCAGUAAUGCGUGGAAAGUCUUGGUUCGGGUGGAUGUCGACGCCGGAAAAGUGACCAUCUACGACGCCAUUGACGGUAUGCAGACUCCCCCCCGACCCUCUGACCCGAAAUGUCGCUCACAUGCGUCCACCUCAGGCGAAAACCUGAACUUGUCCGAGGCUGUCGUCGGCUUGAAGGCGUACAAGGAGGUCGACGAACGCAUGGAGCAGCUCUGGCGCAACCUGGAUGCGGCUAUCGUGUCUCCUCGAAUGACCUCGUCCACGACGUCGAUGCCUGCCAUCAAAGCAAGUGCCGAUGAGCUGCAACUUGAUGGCCAAUCCGACACCUCGGCCAUUUCUCUACUCCUAGACCUCGAGAGAGUGUUCGUCUUUUUGGCUCGCAAGCUGCCGUCGGACCUGAUAAAGUCCCUUUCUGACAUCAUGAUGGCCGAGCUUGUUCCCAAAAUUGUACGGAGGUGGCUGAAUCCGGCGGUGCCUUCGUCCUUGGCAGGCAUAUCCAAGUUUCAGGACAUGGUCCAGCACGCCAAUCGCUUCUGCGCCGCCCUCGAGGAGAACGGAUACAGCGGCUUCGACGAACUGGUGACCUGGGCUGGGAAAGCACACCUUACCUGGCUCGAAAGGUGCCGGGAGGAUGCCCUCGACACGGUCCGAACAAAACUUACCGCCGGCAUAGGAAAGUCCAAGCAGGUGGAAAAGGUGGAGAGGCACAUGGUGUCCGUGGCCGAGGGUAUGGAGCUCGCGACGACCGGUGCCGGUGCGGCCGCCGACACGAACGAAUGGGGUGAGGACUGGGGUGAGUCAUGGGAUGAUGAGGGCAACGAGCAAAGCACCGAAGAGCCUCCACCCCCCGCCGCGGAAACGGCGACAGCAGGCGAGGCUGGCGGCGGGCCUGCUGACGAAGAUGGCGCCGACGCUUGGGGCUGGGGCGACGACACGACCGAAAAACCUGCUCAAGCGUCCGAACCUCAUGACGAGGAGGAUGCAGGGGCCGAGGCAUGGGGCUGGGACGACGAUGGAGCCACGACUGAGCCGCCGGUUCCCGAGCCGAAACCGCCGAAAAUGACGGCGGACAAGGCGCGAAAGGAGCAAACGAGGGAGCUCAUCCUGAAAGAAACGUACAACAUCUCCUCCAUGCCAGAGCCCGUUCUGGCCCUCGUCGUUGCCAUUUUGGAAGACGGCGCGGCCCUGACGAGAGGAGAGGAGGAAUAUAGCCUCGUCGCAUCCACCGCGCCGGGGCUGUUCAGCCUGCCAACCUUUGCCCUGGCCUUGUUCAGGGCCAUCUCGCCACACUAUUAUUCCUUGGACGCGGGCGGAAAUAUGUUUCUCUACAACGAUGCCAUGUACAUUGCCGAGAAGCUUUCCGAGUUCGCAGCCAGCUGGAAAGACCGAGAGGACCUGACGCGGCGGGCGCGAAGCAUGCUCCGCCUAGACAACGAUAUUAAAACGUUGCAGAGUUUCGCCAAUCGUAGCUACGGGAACGAGAUGAACAUCCAAAAGACGGUAUUGCAGGACCUCCUUGGAGGGUCGCAGAGUCUCAUGCAGCAGGACGAAAUGGAGUCGUCCAUUGAAUCGGGCACGGCUCGUAUUCGAACGCUGGCCGCCACCUGGGAGCCAAUUCUGGCGCGCUCUGUCUGGUCUCAGGCCAUCGGAUCUCUCGCCGACGCGCUCGCUACCAGGCUCAUCACCGACAUCCUCGACAUGUCAUCCAUCGGGCAGGAGGAGGCGUACAGGGUUGCCAAGCUCAUUGCAUCGGCCACCGAGCUCGACGACCUAUUCCUACCGAGCAAGCUUGGGGGCACAGAAGCCACCGAGGAUGAGGUUCCGGCAACGGCGCAGUACGCACCCAACUGGCUACGGCUGAAGUAUCUUAGCGAGGUGCUGCAGAGCAACCUCAACGAGGUCAAGUUUCUCUGGCUUGAGAGCGAGUUGAGCCUCUACUUUACGGUGGAUGAGGUGGUGGAGCUGAUCAAUGCCAGCUUCGAGGACAACGGCAGGACGAGGGAGACAAUCAAGGAGAUUCAGAGCAAGCCCCAGCCGAUGCUGGGACGUGAAGCAUGA